GCAAGCGCGCGAGCAUCCCCGGCGCCUUCACUUGUCAUGUUUUUUGUUUUUGUUGGGUUGCGCUCGCCGCGCGUGGGACUUGCAGUUCUGGCGUGGACCACGUGCCCCGCCGCCCUGGUUCAAGCGAUUCGAGGGCGCGCGGCGCGCGGGAGAUUCGCGCGGCUGGGCUCGCAGCGGCUGGCGCGAUGCAGCGCGUCUUUUUCGCUGUAUCCGCGAGCGCUGCCAUAGCCAGCGCCGCUCGAUCAUUUCGCGCCGUCGCAGCCGGCGAGCGGGCCAGCGCUUCCGGCACGAGCGGCGUCGCCGCUGACGACGCAGAGUUCGAGUUGACCCUGCGCGCGCCCGGCGCGGAAGGACUCCCGCGAGGCGGCGCGCGAUCGUCGUCGCUGGCGCCGCAGAAGAGUCGACGGAGCAGGUUCUGGCUUCCUUGCGCGAAUUGGCGGAGCGCGAACGCGCCGUGCGCGACGCUGCUGACGCGGGAAUCCGCGACGACAAGGGCGCGCUGUUUGAGGCGGCGCGCGAGGCUGUCCGGCGAG